UUGACAGCUCCGGACUAGCCGAAAGGCGACGAAUCGGCCAGAGCCGGGAGCGGAGGGGCGGCCGAGGUCGCGACCACUGGGGUGUCUGCAGAAGGAAGCCAGCGUUGGCCGGCGUCUCGGAGCCAGACGUGGGGCCUGAGGGGAGAUUGAGGCUGGAUUCCUGCAUUCUAAAGGAAAAUUAAGUUUGGUUGCAGCAUAGCUACACUCUAGAUCAACUGUGAUAUUGUAGCUCCUCUCGACUUUACAUUGGCCUCCUCUGUCCCUUGCCCUUACUUAUUAGGGUGGUGUGGAAAUUAAAAUAACACACGUAUUUUUACCGGGGCUUUGAUCAAGCAAAUGCUCAAAAGCCAUAUAAAGAAGAUACUUAACAGUCAUUUCUCAACAAUUAUAUAGUCAACUGAUGUAACAAUGGUACUAAUAUUGGGACGAAGACUAAACAGAGAGGAUCUUGGGGUGCGUGAUUCCCCAGCUACUAAACGUAAAGUUUUUGAAAUGGACCCUAAAUCUCUGACAGGCCGUGAGUUUUUUGACUUCUCUUCAGGAUCAUCCCAUGCUGAAAACAUACUCCAGAUAUUCAAUGAAUUCCGAGAUAGCCGCUUAUUCACAGAUGUUAUCAUUUGUGUGGAAGGCAAAGAAUUUCCUUGCCAUAGAGCUGUUCUCUCAGCCUGCAGUAGCUAUUUCAGAGCUAUGUUUUGUAACGACCACAGAGAAAGCAGAGAAAUGUUGGUUGAGAUUAAUGGUAUUUUAGCUGAAGCCAUGGAAUGUUUUUUGCAGUAUGUUUAUACUGGAAAAGUAAAGAUCACUACAGAGAAUGUACAAUAUCUCUUUGAAACAUCAAGCCUCUUUCAGAUUAGUGUUCUCCGUGAUGCAUGUGCCAAGUUCUUAGAGGAGCAACUUGAUCCUUGUAACUGCUUAGGAAUCCAGCGCUUUGCUGAUACGCAUUCCCUCAAAACACUCUUCACAAAAUGCAAGAAUUUUGCAUUACAGACUUUUGAGGAUGUGUCCCAGCAUGAAGAAUUUCUUGAGCUUGAUAAAGAUGAACUUAUUGAUUAUAUUUGUAGUGAUGAACUUGUUAUUGGUAAAGAGGAGAUGGUUUUUGAAGCCGUCAUGCGUUGGGUCUAUCGUGCUGUUGAUCUGAGAAGACCACUGUUACAUGAGCUCCUGACACAUGUGAGACUCCCUCUGUUGCAUCCCAACUACUUUGUCCAAACAGUUGAGGUGGACCAAUUGAUCCAGAAUUCUCCUGAGUGUUAUCAGUUGUUGCAUGAAGCAAGACGGUACCACAUACUUGGGAAUGAAAUGAUGUCCCCAAGGACUAGGCCACGCAGGUCAACUGGCUAUUCUGAGGUGAUUGUUGUCGUUGGAGGCUGUGAACGGGUUGGAGGAUUUAAUCUUCCAUACACUGAGUGUUAUGAUCCUGUGACAGGAGAAUGGAAGUCUUUGGCUAAGCUUCCAGAAUUUACCAAAUCAGAGUAUGCGGUCUGUGCUCUAAGGAAUGACAUUCUUGUUUCAGGUGGAAGAAUCAAUGGUCGUGAUGUGUGGAUUUAUAACUCACAGUUAAAUAUUUGGAUCAGAGUUGCUUCUCUAAAUAAAGGCAGAUGGCGUCACAAAAUGGCUGUCCUCCUUGGUAAAGUAUAUGUUGUUGGAGGCUAUGAUGGGCAAAACAGACUUAGCAGCGUGGAAUGUUAUGAUUCCUUUUCAAAUCGAUGGACUGAAGUUGCUCCCCUUAAGGAAGCAGUGAGUUCUCCUGCCGUGACUAGCUGUGUAGGCAAAUUGUUUGUGAUUGGUGGAGGACCUGAUGACAAUACUUGUUCUGAUAAGGUUCAAUCUUAUGAUCCAGAAACCAAUUCUUGGCUACUUCGUGCAGCUAUCCCAAUUGCCAAGCGGUGUAUAACAGCCGUAUCCUUAAACAACCUGAUAUAUGUUGCUGGUGGGCUGACCAAGGCAAUAUACUGUUAUGAUCCAGUUGAAGAUUAUUGGAUGCAUGUACAGAAUACAUUCAGCCGACAGGAAAACUGUGGUAUGUCUGUGUGUAAUGGUAAAAUAUAUAUCCUGGGUGGAAGACGGGAAAAUGGAGAAGCCACAGACACUAUUCUCUGUUAUGAUCCUGCAACAAGUAUCAUCACAGGGGUAGCUGCAAUGCCCAGGCCAGUGUCCUAUCAUGGCUGUGUGACUAUUCAUAGAUACAAUGAAAAAUGCUUUAAGCUCUAAAGCCGGGAUACCUCACCCAAGAAGCCACACCAAUCCAAGAUGAGAGGUUUGAAAAACUCCAGAGUGGGAACUUGACAUAUCUCCUUUGUGCCAUGUACGCAAAAAAAGUAAAGAUAAUAAUUGUGGUGCCUUUCCCCCCAAAAUAACCUUUCAAACUGUAAUAAAGCCUUUCCUGUAAUUGGGGAAAAAAAUUUUGUUGUUUUUGAAAGUAAUAGUGGUUAUUGCUUGGGUUUUGAGAGUGUACCUUUGUAAGUAUUUGUAAGGAACUUAUGUGGAGUCAGAAAUAAUGUCUGCCUGAAUAACUUUUAGGAAUUUGUGAAUGGUUUCUUCAUUUAUGUACGUUUAUCUGCAAGCCUAUAUAUUCUUUGUCAUAUUAUGUAUAGAAAACUGCAUGACUUAGGCUUCGUUUAGGUUGGAUCACAUAAUGCUUAGAAUGCUUAGAAUGCAUUCUAAGAGGGGAAAUCAGUUUCAAAAAUCUUUGAAUAUCCAACCUGAUUAAUUUUAUUGAAAGUUUUUUCAGUAAUUGAUAAAAAUGUAGUAACAAUUUGAGUAUCAUAAAGUACUGAAUUAUCAUGACUUACUUCUUAGAAUUGUUGUCUUGUAUUAAACAUAUUUUUGGGAGAACAUUGGGUAGGAGAUAGAAAUGCAAAUGCCCCUAAAAUGGGGAUUAAAAUUAUAGGUUUAUUCCUAAGAAAAAAAUUAUAUAAGACCAUUGAAGGGGAAAAUGACCACUGUGGCUCUCAAAGUAUUUAUGUAUCAUCUCCAAAUCCUCUAAGGAAGCACCUUUUCUUGAACCCGGCAAAAGAGUUGAAAUCCACAUUGCAAGAUUAUUUUGUGGAAAAUGGGGACAAAUUUUCUCCCUAGCCCAGUAGGGUUUGACUUCAUUAGUAUGGUGCUUUGGGUGAGGUCCUCUUCCAUGGUUAUCCUCCUUUCCUGUGAACAGGUAAAAAUCUUGGAGUCUCCACUGUUAAGUUGCCUUUGAAGGAUAAAGCAGGGACCACCUAUCAGUGGGUCCAUUUUUCUUUUAAAAUUAGCUAUCCAAAAAACUAGCAGCAUUAUUUGCAGUUUAAGAUAAAUCUUUCAUUUGGUACCCAUUGUGGAAAAUACUGGUCAACAUUCUCAAGCUUCUAUACAACAAACAAGUUGCCUUUGUCUAGAUUUUUCAACUCCAUCCAGUUUAUAAGCUUACUAGUUUUCAGAAAGGAAUGUAAAUUUUUUUUCUAAGGCAAAUGGAAUGGCAGGAACUGUAGCAAAGUGAUUACUGUUAUUCCUGGGUAAACAGAUAUAAUUUACAACAUUUGAGGGACGUUCCAGGGAUGUUUCAGGUAGCCUGCUGGAUUUCAACUUCCCAGGCACUAUUGUCGUCUCACAUCAUAAUUAUAUACUCCUGUCACAGGAGAGAUGAUGCAAAUAUGUGACUAUAGUGUCACCAGAUUUCUAUUAAAACCAAGUUAGUAAUCAAAAACCUAACAUUGAUAAACCACUUUUGUUUUCUCAUCUUAGAAUGAUACAGAGAUUUCUAAUAAAUCAUACGGCAUCAACUUCAAUGCUUAGCUGGAAUCUGAAUUCUGAGAAAAGCUCUAAAGGUCUUACAAAUUUUUAGGAAAUUUUAAUUUUUCAAAUUAUAAUUUGAAAUGAUAUGUACCUUUUUGAGAUAAUUAUCAGAGCAAUUCAGAAAACAAUUUUCUAUCAUUUUAGUUGAAAGACAAUUGUACAUAUAAUUGGGACACUUGUUUGAAUUUUAGAAAAAACAUCUACUUCUGCAAUAUAACUUUUGUAGAUAAUGGAAAUUAUUUAGUUCAGAAAUUCUUUGCGGUAGAUGAGAUAAUGUAUGAGAAAAGUGUUUUGUAAAUGCUAAGGAUUAUACAAAUGAUACUUGUUAUUUUCAUGUGUAUUUGUAAGGUUGUGCCCAUGAUACAGACACUUCACACAAAAAAAAUCUUCUCAAGAUAACUUGUAUCCAUAGUACUUUUGUCUAUUGUAAAAGUGUUAACUAUUUACUUGUAUUUCAUCUUACAUUUAUUUUUAAUAUCCAUGUGUUUAUUGUACUAAAUUUGAAAUGAAGUUCUAGAAAACAAUUUUGUUUAAACAUAGACUUCAUACCAAUAUCAUUUAAUUUUUCUACAUGAUUUAAAACUAAGUAGGCCACCAAGAACUUAGCUUGGAUCCUAUGAAAUUAACAAUUUUUGAAAUUACCCAACUGAUAUUUCAAUAUCCUUUAACUGUUUAUCUUUCUUUAGUGAUUAUUGAUAAAUAAUGGUGUUAGCAUUGAUAAAAACGAAUUUUAGGGUAUAAUUAGUAUAUCAAAAUAUCAAAAGGGAUUCAUAAACCAAAUUGUGACAGAUUAUAUUCAUAGUGUCAUCACAUAGUUGACAGGCUUUCUUUUGAUAGGAGAUGCUCACAUAAGCUUUGGGUUAGUAUGUAUGUAUAUACAUGUGUAUAUAGAUAGAUAGUACGGUUAUGUACACACAUAUAUACAAACACCAAGAAAUUGAUCAGUUUGUGAUGAUCAGAAAGAAGCACAUAAAGUAAAAAUUGGUUGACCUUAUUAAAUUCAAUUCCAGAAGAUUUUUUUUUAUUUGGGCAUUUCUAUCAUUCGUUUUUACAUUUGAAAGUACAUGAUGAGGAGCACCUGGCUGGCUCAGUCAGUAGAGCAUGCAACUCUUGAUCUUGGGGUUGUGAGUUCAAGCCCCACGUUGGGUGUAGAUAUUACUUAAAAGAGUUUGAAAGUACAUGAUGAGUGUUAGUGUAAUAAAUCGCAUACAGUCAGAAUCUGUAUAAUACAUAAAGUUUCACAAGAUCAGAAAACAAAUUGGAGGUAGAGACGAGUUUGCUAAACCCAGCUGUGAUACCUCAGUGGGAAAAGGAAUUCAAGUGUAUGUUUGUGGAUCAACAGGAAAGUAUAGUUGUUUUUUGUUCAUGAACAUGUGUUUUCCUAUGUAUGAGUGAGCUAUAAAGUGUUCUAAUUUUUACAACAGAAGACCUUCUUUUUCUGCUUUAAUCUUCCCACUGACUACUGCACAGGUAUGAAAUAGUAGCUUAUUGAAUUUUCAGUAACCUUUUUUUCCCCCUAGAUGACUGAAAUAUAGAUAUUUACUCCAUUUAAACCAGGUGUUAAGGAAAAAAAUGAUGUAAAUACUCAGGGAGGGUAUUAACUUGUCAUUUUUGCCUAUUUGGUGUGUUUAAAAUGCCAUAACUGGGGCGCCUGGGUGGCGCAGUCGGUUAAGCGUCCGACUUCAGCCAGGUCACGAUCUCGCGGUCCGUGAGUUCGAGCCCCACGUCAGGCUCUGGGCUGAUGGCUCAGAGCCUGGAGCCUGUUUCCGAUUCUGUGUCUCCCUCUCUCUCUGCCCCUCCCCCGUUCAUGCUCUGUCUCUCUCUGUCCCAAAAAUAAAAAACGUUGAAUAAAAUGCCAUAACUAAAUAACCUUCAGUUCAUGAUUCGAGAGUAAAUUUAAUUUGGUUAAGGGGCUUCACACAAGGCAGUGGUUGAACAUUCAUUCUUUUAUAUUUAGAAAGAUGAAAAUGUUUUGUGGACUGAUACAUUUUCUCUUAGUGAAUAUGAAUUGUUUAUGUAUCUCUACUGUCAUACACCCUUUUGAAACUCAGGAAAGACAAAGGUUCAAUUAUACUACUUUUGUCAAUAUGCAAACCAGGUGUGUGUGUUUCUUUUCCCUGUUGUCUGGAUAUGGCAAAUAGAUUUUUUUUUUUUUUUAAAGAAUUGCUGUGAGAACCCAUACAUGAAAAGAGAGGGGUUGAAUAGUUGUGUGUGCCUUUUGUGUCUUGAGAUUUGUAUGUGGAAAAGACAUCUCCAGACUGUAUUUUCAAAGAGAAGAGAUAACUAUUUAUGUGGUGCCAAGUGUUAAGAUAAUGUCUCUUAAAGGCUUCCUGUGGAAGCCUUUAUUUUACUAAACUCAAGACACCAGUUAACCUCAACACGAUUUUGGCCUUAUUAGAAUUUCUUGUGCAUUAUUUUGAAAGGCAGGUUUACAUCACCUCACCCCAUUAUUCUUUGUAGUUAAAUAAAUAAAUU